ACUAUUAGGUUAGAGUUAAUUUUUCAUUAAUUUAAAAAUUUACUUAAGAAUGAAAUAUCUGCAACAUUUCCAAUAUUAGAUAUAAAAUUAAUUUUUAGUUAUUUUCUAAUACUAUAGUGUAAUAGAUUAUUUGAACAAGUAUUAAUUUAAAUGAAAAAGGCGAAUAGUUAACAUUUUUAUAAACAAUACCAUAAGUUCGCCACAAUCAAUAACAUCAAUGGAUCCAGAUAUCGUACAAAUUGAAAAACAUGCAAAAUAUUUUGCAAGAUUUUUAAAACUUCUACCAGCUCGUUUGUCUUCACAUGACUGCACGCGGAUAACUAUUGCUUUCUUUGCUGUCAGCGGUUUAGAUGUUCUUAAUAGUUUGCAUAUACUUAAAAACAGUUUCAAAAACGAAAUUAUAGAAUGGCUGUACAGGUGUCAAAUAAAUCCUCGCGAAGAUGACAUGAGUUGUGGAGGCUUUCAAGGAUCAACGACGUUUAUAACUUGUAAAACAAAUGAAAUGUUGAAUGACUUUUCGUGGGAGCGCCAUUAUCAGUGGGGCCACUUGGCUGUAACAUAUACUGCUAUAGCAACGCUAGCAACAUUGGGAGACGAUUUAAGUAGACUCAAUAGAAAAGCUAUAAUUCGAGGGGUCGAGGCAGUUCAAAAAGAAAAUGGAAGUUUUAGUGCUUCGAUACAAGGUAGUGAAUCUGAUAUGCGUUUUGUUUAUUGCGCCGCGGCUAUUUGUUAUAUGCUUAAUGAUUGGGGAAAUAUAAAUAAAAAGCUUAUGGCAGAUUAUAUUUUAAAAAGUAUUCGCUAUGACUAUGGGAUAAGUCAAGAUGGUGAAAUGGAAUCUCAUGGUGGCACUACAUUUUGUGCUGUUGCUGCGUUAUAUAUGAGUGAUCAAUUAUAUAUAUUAUCAGAAGAAGUCCUAGAAGGCAUGAAACGGUGGUUACUUUUUAGACAAACUGAUGGUUUUCAAGGGAGACCAAAUAAAUUGUCUGAUACAUGUUAUUCAUUUUGGAUUGGAGCAACAUUAAAAAUAUUAGACGCUUUUGAAUUAUCAGAUUUUAAACAAAAUCGAGAUUAUAUAUUGUCAACACAAGAUACAUGCGUUGGAGGUUUCUGUAAAUGGCCAGGCUCAAAUACAGAUCCGUUUCAUACUUAUUUUGGUUUAUGUGGGUUAACUUUUAUUAAAGAGAAAAAUUUGGCAGAUAUAACUCCAGCACUAAAUAUUACAUACAGAGCAUUUAAUCAUUUACAAAAGUUACAAAAAAGUUGGAAAUUGGAAAACCCUUACUAGAAUGUUGGAAUAUUGAACGUAAAAAUAUUAUAUUUAAAUGUUUUAUAAUCAUUUGAUAUUCUAGUUUAGUAGUGGUCUACUUUGGCUUCAAGCAUAAAUUGUAGAUUCUUGUUAAAAUUCAAAAAAAAGAAAAUUUUAUUUAUUUUUUUUUUUUUUGAUAAAAGGCGCACUUCUGUUUUCUUUUUAAUAGAUACAUCUUUUUAUUUAUUUAUAAAAUUUUACAAAAUCAUAAAUAAGCACAUUUUUUUUUUACCUAAUACGAGUAUUUUAUGAUUUUUAAUUGCGCAAUUUUUAUACUUAAGACGAUGCAAUUUAUAAUGUAAAACAUUUUAUAAGAAAAAGUUUUAAAACAAAUAAUAAAUGAAAACUUAUUUUUAGAUUAAAA